CCUUCACACCAUUUUCACUCCAUACCAUGCACGAAACCAUGGAAACUGAUCCCGCUACUCUUGCACGAAGACAAAAAGAUAUAGACUAUGGCAAAAAUACCAUAGCAUACGACAGAUACAUCCAAAUGGUACCUAAAAAAGAGCGCACCAAAGAGCAUCCCACUACACCACCUAAGGAUGUUAAAUAUAGCAGAAGAGGAUGGGACGGGAUGGUGAGGUUGUGGCGAAAGCAGCUUCAUGCUUGGGACCCCGUCGAUGAGAGUAGCACCAGUGCUGUUGAAGAAAGUGGUGCAUCUGCUAAGUAAUAAACUUGUUCCUCGCUGUACUCGUUCAGCAAAAAUCAAUUUAUUUUUAUUUCCUUCAAUCGUCAGUUGGCUUAAGUUAGAGAUGUACUGCGGAAACCUUGAGAGAACUCAUUGCAUUUGUUACUUAGUUAAUUAAAUAAACAAACAGUGAAUUUGUUUUCUUAUGCGUAAAAA